CCGUGAGUUAACAAAAGGAGGAAGCCCAGGCUCUCGGCUGUUCCUUUUCGCUCCCUCGGCUUUGGGCUACACAAACUUGAUUCAGGAGGAGACGGGAGAGAGAGUGUUCCCCUGCCAUAGAAGAGAAAGAAAGGGAGCAAGACCAGGGCAGAGAGAAUGGGGAGGAAAGCAACAGGAGCAGUCAGAGAGACAGUGGGGGCCAGAUCCUUUGGUGGUGUAAAGCUGUUGCUUUCACUGCAGGAAGGCUGAUUGACACCGCCCGAGUCUCCAGCCCUAGGAGUGGCAGGGAAUCGAGAGGGAGAGGAGGAAGUAGAGGCUCGUGGAGGCAGAAUGGGUGAGGAGAAGAGAAUAAAGGAAGGCAGAACAGUGAAAGAUAAAGCUACCCAACCGUAGAGCCAAUCUGACUGAUAGUACUCCUCUUUCACCAUCUUGUCCUGUUGCCCUGGCAGGAAGGAGAACAUUGGUAUGAACUGGUGAAAAUCCGUUGCCAGCCAAAGCCAGACCUGGUGAUUAUUCCAGAGCACAUGAAGCCCUAGAAACCCUCCAAACUUUUGGAACAAAAUAUCAUCUGAGAGACACUAUGUCGAGGCUCUGGAUUAUGGUCCUUGUUCUGCUGUGGAUUCCAGUCAUGGCCAUCGCACAGCUCCCAGGCAAUGCCCAGUGCCCUGUGAACUGCUCCUGCUUCUUCUCCCAGUGGUUUGUCCGAUGCUCCAAUGCCAGCUUAUCCUCUCUUCCCCCUGGCAUCCCCAAUGCCACCGUGGAGCUUGACCUGCAGCACAACCAGUUCAGCACCCUCUCAGCAGGCUUCUUCCCAGAACUGGCUGAGAUCAGCAUCAUUUACCUCGGCAGCAGUGGCAUCCACCAGGUUGAGCCGGGGGCUUUUCAGGGGGUCAAGAAUCUGUACCAUCUCCACCUGGACAACAACCUCCUGGAGCAGGUCCCAGAGGGUGUCUUUGAGAAUUUGACAAAUCUGAUCUUCCUGCACCUGGAGCACAACCAGAUUGCUCACCUCCUGCCAGGUGGGUUCUCUUCUCUGAAGCAGCUCAGUGUCCUGGACCUGAGUAACAACCUGCUGCUGGAGCUCUCUGACCAAGCCCUUCACGGCCUCCCGCGGCUGCGUCGGCUCUACCUGCGUGCGAACCGUAUUACCAAUGUGUCCAGCAAAGCCCUCCCCGGCAGCCUGCGGGCCCUCAGCCUAGAUGAAAACCAGCUGACAAGUGUGCCCGCGGCCAUCCGCACCUCUCCCAUGCUCUCCACUCUACAGCUGAGUGGUAACCCCAUCCGGAAGCUGUCGUCUCUCUCCUUUGGGAGGAGGCUUCGCUCCCUAAGGCAGCUGUUCCUGGAUAGCCUGGCCCUAGAGCAGAUCACCAACUUGGCUUUCACCAGGCUCCGCUGGCUGGAGCUGUUGAGCCUGAGGAACAACAGCCUGGAGUCACUCCCGCCUCUGUCCUCCCUGAAGUCGCUCUCCACUCUGUAUCUGACUGGGAACAAGUGGCGCUGUGACUGCAACCUGAUCUGGCUCCGCACCUGGCAGAAGAAGGUGCUCCGGAAAGAACGCAGCCCCGUGGAGUGCAGCUCCCCAGAGGUGCUACAGGGCCAGCUCCUGGUGGACAUAGAGUUACAGAAGCUGACUUGCCCACCCUUUGGGAUGGACUCCACCACCCUCAGCCCUUCUGAGAACACGAAUACACCCAUGGCCAUUGCUCCACCCAGAGACAUACCUCUCCUAGGGGCUGCUACCACAGCUACCACCAUGACCUCCACUGCCCUGAUCACCACAAAGAGGCUCCCCAGCUCCACCACCCACUCAGCUACCUCUCUUCACCAUGGGCUGGAGAAGUGGGACCCAUGCUUGGCCGACCACAUCAGCAGCGUUCACAUCAGGACAAAGGGCAACACCUCCCUGGUGGUUUCCUGGGCUUUCUCCGGUGACCAGGACCAAUUUGAGGUGCGGUACACGACUGGCCGGGAUGAGCAGGUGCUGUGGGUGGUGGGAGGGUUGGCAGAGGUGACACUCCACGAUCUCCAUGCAGGGACCGAGUACAGAGUCUGCGUCAUCCCCCAGAAUGAGAAUCUGCUGGAGUGCCAGGACCCUGCCGCCCGGCAGUGCAAAGCAGAGCGCACUGCCGGCCUUCCUAGUGACACACAACCCGUGCACUCCCCACUUGGCCACAGUCAUUCGGCUGUGGGUUUCGGCGUCGCUGUAGCUCUCCUAGCACUCGCAGCACUGGCCCUGGCUGUCACCUACAGGCUGCGGACGCAGCCGAUCCAAUUCCAGCGCUACUAUAAUGAAGAUGGAUCACCCCUUCAUCGCAGGAGCAGCAAUCAGGCCAAGAUGACUAUGGACCCAGUUGAUGAAAGCAUGGAGGAUGAGGACUGUCACAGUUAUGGGACAGCUGCCAGCCAGUGCCCAGAGGAGAAAGUAGACUGCACCGUGUCUGCCCCACCCAGGCUCACACUCACAUCCACACCCAAGGCUGUCUGCACCCCUCCUUCCCGACCACUGGGCAUUGGCCUGGCCCACACAUUUCAUUCUCACUCUGGAACAGCAUUUGAGCCUCUUCCGGACUCCAUGCCACUUCUGAUUGCAUUGGACUUGCCCCAGUCCAUGAGGUGUAGGAGGCUGUGGAAUAAUCUCCCAAAACAAAUGGUGAAGGCCAUUACAGCACAUUCCAUUUCCAAAGCACCUAAGCAACAUUCUUCCUUCCUUCCUCCCACUCACCUGCUCUGCAUCACUAACCAUUUGACAAACAGGGAAAAUGAGGCAGACGGUGAGUGGAUUGCUCAGUGCCACAAAGCAUUUGGGCAUAGCGCGCUGAAACUGCGUGGGGCAGACAGAGAGUAAAGAUUAAUUAACCUGACAGCUUGUCUAUUAAUCUAUAAACAAACAGGACAAAACCCUCAUCAUUUAUCUUCCCUUUGUCUACAUGCAAAGUCCUGGUCUUUGGCUCCUGGAGAGCACUGUGGCCUAAAUGGUACACCUCUGCGGCACACUCUGUUUGCUGGACUAAUAAAGCAUAAGGUAAAACUGUUUCAUGCAGCUGUGUUGCUCUUCUGUUAUUAGAAGAGCUGGUCGCAAGAACAGCUGGUUAGAGUUUGGAACUGGCGCGGGGACACAGACACUCUUCACUCCAGGGCACCAGUUGGGGGCCAGCAUGCAUUGGUAGUGCCCAAAAGGCACAAGUGGAUGAGACUCAGCCAGCAGCCUUAGGGGAGUGGGUGGCCCUAAGAAGGCCCAUGGGAGUUCCGCUGAGCCCAGUAUCCUGUCUUCUGACAGUGGCUGGUGCCAGUUGCUUCAGAAGGCGAGAACAGACCAGGACAAUUUACCAUCUCUUGUUGUCGAGUCCCAGCAUCUAGCGGUCAGAGGUUUAGGGCCACCGUGAGCAUGGAGUCAAGUCCCUGUCCAUCUUGGCUCAUAGCUAUUGACAGACGUAGCAGCCAUGAACCUAUCUAGUUUUUUUAAACCCGGUUAUACUUUUGCCUUUCACAACAUCCCUUGUCAACAAGCGCCACAGGUUGACUAUGCACUGUGUGAAGUACUUUUUUGUUCAUUUGAAACCUGCUGCCUAUUAAUGUCACUAGGUGACCACUGGCUCUUGUACUAUGUGAAGGCGUAAAUAACACUUUCUCCACCCUAAUCAUGAUUUUACUCUAUCAUAGCCUCACGUAGUCUUUUUUCCUAGCUGAAAAGUCCCUGUCUCUUUAAUCUCUCCUUUUAUGGAUGCUGCUCCAUACCAGCCUCUGUUGGUGAGAGGCUUUUAAGCAUCUUGAAAGCUUGCCUCUCUCACUAACCAGUGCUGGUCCAAUAAAAGCUAUGAUCUCACCCACCUCGUCUUUCUAAGAUCCUGGGACUGGCUACAACACUGCAUUCAGUAGUUAGUUGUCUGGCUUCAUGUGCUGUAACUGAAUGGGCCUUUUGCAUUUGUUUCGCAGUUCCUGCCUGCACAUUAUCAACUACUAGCCUCUGCUCUUUUUGAGAUUAUAGAGUAGCCACUUUAACUCCUCCCCCAAGGAAUGUGGCUGUCCAACCCAUCCGCUCUGCCACACCUGUCAGCUUCCCCCAGCCCUUAAUUUAAAAACUCCUCUCCGCUGGUAAUUUUGCAUGCCAGCAAUAUGGUGCCAUUCGCGUUUAGCUGGAGCCCAGCCUUCCAGUUUAGGAAGAUGCUGCUCCAUGGACAGGUAGCCAUGUUCAAAUAAAGCUGUGCCAACAGCCUGUCAGCUUAGCUACAGGCCAUGGACGCUGAACUCCCCUAUCGCUGGACCCUGCCUGAGGCUCACUGGCGGGGGGAACAUGUGGAAAACUCCUAGAGCCUUAGCUGAGAAGUAACCUAGAAUUCCUCUCGUGUCUCUGUGAUACCAGGCACCUCCCCUCAGGCUUACAGCAGGCUGACAGCUGUGGUUGC